AUAGAACUUCAGCCUGAAACUCUUGUAUAGCAAAAGAAGUAGAAAUGGAGAGCAAGAUGAAGAAGCAUUUUGUUUUGGUUCAUGGAGCAGGUCAUGGUGCUUGGUGCUGGUUCAAACUUGUUCCGCUACUCGAAUCAGCUGGUCACAAGGUCACUGCUUUAGACCUAGCAGCUUCUGGUAUCAAUUCUAAACAACUUGAAGAUAUUGGUUCCUUCUCUGAUUAUGUUCAACCAUUGUUGAAAUUCCUGGCCAGUCUUCCCCAAGAUGAGAAGCUAAUUCUAGUUGGCCACAGCUUUGGUGGUUAUUGUAUCUCUUUAGCCAUGGAGAAUUUUCCAGAGAAAAUUCUGGUUGCGGUUUUUGUUUCAGCUUUUAUGCCUAAUCAUGCUUCCCCACAAACAUCUGAUCUCCUACAAGAGCUUAACAAAAGGAGUACCAACAAUUCCUAUCUGGAUUGCAAGUUUAGUGUCAUGGAAGGAACAGAAAAGCCAACAACUUGUAUGUCUUUUGGUCCACUUUUCUUGGCCAGGAUCUAUCAGAACUGCUUGCCAGAAGAUCUGGAAUUGGCCAAAAUGCUGGUACGACCUCUUGGGUUAUUCAGGCUAUCGGACAAGGACUCUGUUCUGACAAAGGGUAAUUUCGGGUCAGCGAAUCGGGUUUUUGUGGUCUGCGGUGAAGAUGCAUCGAUCAACGAGGAAUUUCAGCGGUGGAUGAUUGAGAAUAGUCCUCCUAAUGAAGUGAAAUAUAUUAGUGAAGCUGGACAUAUGGUCAUGCUCUCAAAGCCAGAACAACUUUGCCAGUGUUUGCUGGAGAUUGUUGACAAUUAUCAAUGAAUUUCAUAUAAUUAUGCCUCAGGCCGGCCGCUGGCUACUGCAUCACAACGCUCGAUCUCCCAGCCUCGGGCAUAAAUAGGAAUGUAAUAGCAGAUGUUCACUCUUGAAUGAAUUUGAUUUUUAUUCCGAACACAAAAAAUAUAUUAUUGAAUUCAUUUUACUAAA